AUGAAUAUAGCUCGAAGAAUUGGUAUCAGAAGCUGCAGUGGUAGAUUGGUUAGAGCAAUGAGUGUAGUUAAGGGUAAACCGGAAGAAGCUAAAUUAGUUAACGUUCGUAAAGUUGUUAAUACUAAUGAUUGUAAAUGGAUUGGUCUAGAAAAGAUCACUUAUUUGGAUCCUAAUGGUGUUGAACGUGAAUGGGAUAGUGCAGUUCGUACUACGAGGAAUUCUGGUGGCAUUGAUGGUAUUGGUAUUAUUGCAAUUUUAAAAUAUCCAAAUGAUAAACCUGAUGAAAUUGUUUUACAAAAACAAUUCAGACCACCUGUUGAAGGUGUUUGUAUUGAAAUGCCAGCAGGUUUAAUCGAUUCGAAUGAAAGUAUCGCAACUGCUGCAUUAAGAGAAUUAAAAGAAGAAACUGGUUAUAUUGGAAAAAUUGUUGAAGAGAGUCCAAUUAUGUUUAAUGAUCCAGGUUUCACUAAUACUAAUUUAUCUAUGGUUACUGUUGAAGUCGAUAUGACUUUACCUGAAAAUAUAAAUCCGGUCACUCAUUUGGAAGAUAAUGAAUUCAUUGAAUGUUUUACAAUCCCAUUAAAAGACUUUGUCAAAGAAAUGAUCUCCCUUGAUAAGCAAGGUUAUAAACUAGAUGCCCGUGUUCAAGCAUUUGCUCAAGGUGUCAGUUUUGCUCAAACUUAUAAAUUUUAA